AUGUCUGAACAAUCCUUUUACCUCGCAAAUAUCGACCGUGAGGAAACGUACUCAACGAGCUGUGGCCCAAUAAGAGAAACACUUUUCCAUGCGGGUAUUGACGCAUCCCUCACUGCACUCAUGACAGUGCCGCGGAACAGGCAGUUUAACCAUCCUGUCGUCGACAGCUUGGGUGGCACCUACCAGGCGCCCGGACUGCCGCAGAUGCUCUGUCCACCUGAGAUCAAAGACGAACCGGAGCGUAUCCGUAACCACGUCAAGGCAUUCGCGGGGCGAUGGGCUGGCGAGCGGCUCAUCAUGAUUGGCAAGGACUCGUCGGCCGGUGAACUUCCUGUGUCUGUGCUCUCUAACAGAGGGACGGAGGUCGACCUGUAUGACCGCGUUCAAAAGUACUAUGUUGAUCUGUACCAGGUUGAAGAUCAGUUCGUCAGUCGCUUCGGACAGUCAUCCGCGCUCCAGGAAAACGACCAUCCCAACCAGCCUGCCUGCGACUGGGUACUCUGCAACCUCGACCAGAAAGAAUACGUCCGCUUAGAUGACAUUCCCGCUGCGCUCGCAGACAGGAAGUGCUUCGGGCUUGGUCACGUCCUCAUCUUGCUUAUAUGUUGGACUGAUUCAAAGAAGCGGUACGACGCCAGCCUCGGUCGAGGAAGGUGGGCCGGCAACCGCAUUGCUGUAGAGGCGGCCAUUCCCCAACCGGGCCCUGAUGGAAAACCCUGGAAAGACAUCAGCGAGGAAGCCUUUGCUAAGGUUAAGACUUUCUGGGACGUGAAAUAUCGGCAACGCACACGCACCGGGUUGAGGUCAGAUGGACCUGUCGAGUGA